GCCUCUAACUCUUUUGGCUCGUCGUUUCAUUUGCUUUUCAUAUGGGAGUAGGUCAGUUCAAAAUUUGCAUAUGCCUUGACUGAUUUUCGUUUUUGAUUUCUUGCUGAUUUUUUAUUCAUAUUCGUUUCGUUUCGCGUCCCGCUUUGCCUUUUGCUGCCACGCCCAGUUGCAUUUAUUGCCUGAUUUGGGCAACCUCUGCCUCUACCCCCACCCCGCGCGUGCCAUGCGACGCAACUAAGGCGAUUACCUUUCAGACCCGACGGCAAUUUGUUUUGGCUUUUGUUGCCAAAUUUUUGCAUAUUUCUUUCUUUAUCUUUUUGGCCCGAGUGCGUGGGACUCACCUUUUGACACUCGCAAUACGUUUAUGCAAAGAGAUCGCCUUCACAUUUGUUGAAAGCGAAUCAGUGUUUUAGCGUAUUCAAUUCUUAAAGCUGAUGAAAGUAGAGCUCAGAGCCAAUCAAAAUUUCAAGCAAUCAAUAAUAGACGAAGCCUAAUCAGAUAUUGGCUUAUUAAAGGGGAUCCUAUGACAUAAAGAGACAGCAAAUGAAUGGCUUAAUAAAUGUGUUGUGCUUAAAGAUAUAUAAAAGAGUAGAGGGAGACAGAGAGAGUGACGGGUAUUACCUGAUAUCGUAUAAAGAAGACUAAUCUGUAUAUAAUCUCCUAUUCCUGUCAUUCAGUUAGAAAACUUUGAAGAAUAUUUCAAUUUAAUCAUAUUUAUAUAUACAUAUAUCAACUAUUGAUCUCAAUUACUGAUAAGUAUCUAUCGAUCUAUCGACCAACUUAUCGAUUCUUGAACUUCCCCUAAGCAAGUCAGCUCUUCUAUCUCCCUCCACGAACUCGGCUAUACAAAUACUCGAUGAGCACUAUCACUUUAAACUAUUUGAAUCGGAGUCUUAGCAGGUCAAGAGUUGAGUCAACAAGUCCUAUCAUCUAUCUAUCUAUCUAUCUAUCUAUCUAUCUAAUCUAUGAGUUCAGCUAUAGCUAAACUCCUAUAAAAUGUCUCAGGCAGUGCGCGAUCCGUUAACAGUUAAGAUUCUUUCGUGUGCUGAAAAUGCAGCCAGUUCUUCAGUUGUGCCUCCUGCUGCUGCUGCUCCUGCUGGGCUCUGGCCAGGCUCUUGGCGAGCUCGGCUGCACCUCGGAUGGCUUUUGCUUUUGCACUGGCCAUCAGGAGGGUGACCUGGUGCCGGAUUGCACAGACUGCAGAGCCUACUACAGGUGCGGCGCCGAUAACAUCAAGCACGAGCUCUGCCCACCUGCGCUCAUCUUCGAUAUCCAGCAGCUCGCCUGUGUGCCUGGCAAGUGUCCACGCUCGGACGGCGAGUGCGCCAUUCCCAAUGUGACUACUACACCUACGCCUACGCCUACGCUUACACCUACACCUACACUUCCUCAGCCUGCACCACCUAACAACUGCCUGCAGCAGGAGGUGGAGUGCAGCUUCCAUGGCCAAAUUCUUCCACAUGCCGAGCAUUGUCGCUUCUUCUGGACCUGCGUGGAGGAUUGCCCAGUGUUGGGAUUCUGUGAGCUGGGCAAAUGGUUCGACCGCCAGAAAUUCGUCUGUGACUUUCCCAAUAAUGUCCAAAACUGUCCCGUGGGCAGGGACUGAAACUGCAAUAGGCAACAACAAUAGCAACAGCUGAGACAACAAUAACAAUAACAAACAACAGCAACAACAGCAAAAGCA